AUGGACACUAACAAGGUUGUGGAGAUGUUGGAAAAGGUUAGGGAGGCGGUCACGUCACAGGGAUCGUCGGGAAGCUGCCGCACAGUGGACGACGUCAACAAGGCGGGGGUAGACCAACUGCGGGCUGAGCCGCUCCUUUGGGCAGCCUACUGCCGGGGGUGGGCCGACCGGACCGUCGACCUGGUCAAGACACUUGGCUCCUCGGCGGCGAGGUCGCCGGGUACACCAUCAACGGCGAAGACACCACGCCCGUCGACACACCAGCGGGUCCCAACCGCCAAGGCAACGGGUUCGAGGCGCGUGAGGGCGGCUACCGGCACAGUGACGGCCACCCUUACCACACCGGCUACCACCAUCAAGGCACCUCCACCACGGCAACCCACCCGCCCCGCAGCUACAAAACGGGACAUCACUUGGGUGAGGCCGGCUCCGGGGCGUCCAUUAGUCCCGAGGAUGCCACCAGCAGAACCACACCCACCUACGACGGAGUGGACGGGGAUGCCAAGCCGCGUGGCGUACGUGGACCGCCUACCGACGCCACCACCUGCACCUCCCUCCGACAAGCGAGGACCAUUGGAGCCCUGGCCCAAGGCCGUCAAGCCGACAACAUCAACGCGGUCGGCAGAACGGACCAAGGAGCGGAGGAGGGAACAUCAGCGGCAAAGGAGAUUGCGGGCAAAAGCCGAGAGGGAAGGUCCGAGUCAGCAGUACCGGCUGACGAAGGCGACUACCUCGGCUGGGUCGGCCACCGACCCGGAAGAUCGGGAGUCGGUGCAGGUGUCAGCACCGGUGCCAGGUGGUUCCGCCCAGGAACACCGGCCGGAGCGAGACACCAACCCGGGGGAGGCGAUGGAGGUCGAUGACCGAAUCCUCGAUGAACCCGGGUCACCACUCCCAACCUUCCCGGACAUCGAGGAAGGCCCGCCCGUGUUCUCCACACCGCUCACAUCCCCCAGGGCGGACUAG